AUGAUUUCAGAUAGCAGCAGCAGCACUCAGCCUCUCCUCCUCCUCCUUCUAGGUGACAGUGUGACCAUCGGAGACAUCUCCUACAAACUCAAAACCCCUCGGAACCCGGAACUAGUUCCCCUCAAAUAUCUUUCAGACUCGCUGCCACAAGCCGUGGCUCAGCACCUCCGCUGGAUCAUGCAGAAGGACCUUUUGGGCCAAGAUGUGUUCCUCAUCGGACCCCCAGGACCCCUUAGAAGAUCCAUAGCCAUGCAGUACCUGGAGUUGACCAAACGUGAGGCGGAGUACGUGGCGCUGUCCAGGGACACCACAGAGACGGACCUGAAGCAGAGGAGAGAGAUCCGAUCAGGAACGGCCUUCUACAUCGACCAGUGUGCCGUCAGAGCAGCAACACAAGGCCGGGUUCUGGUCCUGGAGGGGCUGGAGAAAGCGGAGAGAAACGUCCUCCCCGUCCUCAACAACCUGCUGGAGAACAGAGAGAUGCAGCUGGAGGAUGGCCGCUUCCUGAUGUCAGCGGAGCGCUACGACAAGCUGCUGCAGGAGCAUACCAAGGAGGAGCUGGACAGCUGGAAGAUCGUCCGGGUGAGCGAGGACUUCCGGGUCAUCGCUCUGGGUCUGCCGGUUCCUAAAUAUAAGGGCAACCCCCUGGAUCCUCCUCUCCGCUCGCGCUUCCAGGCCAGAGACGUCUAUUACCUGCCCUUCAAGGACCAGCUGGAGCUGCUGUACUCAGCGGGGCCAAACGUUGCUGCUGAAAGGGUUUCCCAGCUCCUGUCCCUCGCUACGACCCUGUGCUCCCAGGAAUCUUCCGGUCUGGGCCUUCCUGAUUUCCCAGUGGAUAACCUGCCUGCUGCGCUCCAUGUUCUGAACACGUUCCCCAUGCUGUCCUCUCAGCAGCUUGUCCAGAGACUUUAUCCCUACAAGAGCAUCCUGGGAAAAGAUGGACACACGGCUGUGGAGAGCGUGCUGAGUCGCUUCGAGCUGUCAGACGGCCGCCGUCAGGCAGCGCCCAGCAGCGUUCUGAGCGUUUCCACAUCCAGGGAAAGCGAAGGCCAGGCCGACGUCACCGUGCAGAGCGCCGGUGAAGAAGUCACCUUUCAGCGAAGCACAGACUUUUAUCAUCUCUUCUGUAUUUUUGUUGCUUUAAUUUUAAAUGUUCCUUCCUGGUUUAUCCAACCUCUUUGUUGUCUCAUCCAGGACAUGACAGCCAGGGACCUUCUGCAGCAGAGGUACACCCUCCCCAAUGGAGACACAGCCUGGAGGCCGUCUCCUCUGGUCACUGCUGCCCUGGAGGGCAAGCUGCUGCUCCUGGACGGCAUCCACAGGGUUAACCUGGGAACCCUGGCCGUGCUCUCCAGGUUGCUCCAUGACAGGGAGCUGGACCUUUACGACGGGACCAGGCUGCUGAGGUGGGACAGAUACCAGGCGCUGAAGGAGCAGCUGCAGCUUAGCGACCAGCAGAUGCAAGAAAGGUCCAUCCUCCCCAUCCACCGGGCGUUCAGGGUGCUGGCCCUGGCAGAGCCCCCUGUGGUUGGUGGGGGCUCCGGCAGCAGCAGGGGCCAGCAGCAGUGGCUGGGCCCCGAGCUGCUCACCAUGUUCCUCUAUCACACCGUGUCUCCUCUGGCCAGAGCAGAGGAGGCGGGCCUCAUUCAGGGCCUGGCUCCCAGUGUUCCGAUGGAGGCAGCGGAGCAGCUGCUUCAGCUCACACACAGCCUUCGUCAGACCAAUGACCCCACCGCGCAGUCUCUGGCCUCCUCCCUCUCCACCAGACAGCUCCUGAGGAUCUGCCGCCGUCUGUCGCGGUACCCCGAGGAGAGCAUCGCUCACGCCGUCAAUAAGGCUUGUCUCUCCAGGUUCCUGCCCAGCUUGGCUCGCGCCUCCUUGGAAAAGGCCCUCGCUAGCAGCUCUGUGCAGGACCCUCCAGAUCCUGCUGAACAACCGCGGGACCACAGCUGUGUGGUUCAGGACGGUGUGUUAACCAUCGGCAAGGUGUCCGCUCCCGUCUACAACCCCGACCAGAAGAUGAAGGUUCCAGACGUGCUCUUCUAUGACAACCCUCAGCACAUGAUGGUGAUGGAGGACAUGCUGAAAGACUUCCUGCUGGGAGAACACCUCCUCUUGGUGGGCAACCAGGGUGUUGGUAAAAACAAGAUAGUGGACCGAUUCCUGCAUCUUCUCAACAGGCCCAGGGAAUACCUGCAGCUCCACAGGGACACGACGGUGCAGACCUUGACCCUGCAGCCCUCCGUGCGGGACGGCAUCAUUACGUACGAGGACUCGCCUCUGGUGAAGGCGGUGAAGCACGGUCACAUCCUCGUGAUCGACGAGGCCGACAAAGCUCCCACCAACGUCACCUGCAUCCUUAAAACGCUGGUGGAGAGCGGCGAGAUGAUCCUGGCUGACGGGCGGCGGAUCGUCUCCGAUCCACUCGAAGCCAAGGGGAGGCCCAACAUCAUCGUGAUGCACCCAGACUUCAGGAUGCUGGUCCUGGCCAACCGACCGGGCUUUCCCUUCCUGGGGAAUGACUUUUUCGGAGCGCUAGGUGAUAUCUUCAGCUGCCACGCCGUGGACAACCCCAAGCCCCAGGCGGAGCUGGCCAUGCUCAGACAGUACGGCCCCGACGUCCCAGAAGCCACUCUGCAGAAACUGGUGGCCGCAUUCGGAGAGCUGCGGUCCAUGGCUGACCAGGGCACCAUCACCUACCCCUACUCCACCCGGGAGGUGGUCAACAUUGUUAGACACCUGCAGAGGUUUCCCAACGAGGGUCUUGCCAACGUGGUGAGGAACGUCUUCGACUUCGACUCGUACAAUAAGGACACGCGGGAGGUUUUGAUCGAGGCUCUGCACAAGCAUGGAAUCCCCAUCGGGGCCAAGCCAACCUCGGUCCAUCUGGCUAAGGAGUUACCGCUGCCGGAGGUCAGGAUGACGGGAUACUGGACCUUAAACCAAGGUGGCAACACUCGCCGUAAACUGCUCUGUCCCACUGAGACACGCGCAGUAGACGUCAAGGGGCCAGCGUUCCUGCGGGUCCAGAGUUAUCCCUGCCAUCGGCAGGAAAGCAGAGCUCUGAGUUUCACCGAGGAGAAAGCUCACUGGCAGAUUCCCAUGAACGAAGUCAACAUCAUCUGCGACGCCAUCAGCUCAGACGACACGCUGUACGUGGCCAUGUGUAACCCCGUGUCCCUGUACUCCAUGACGGAGCGCGGGGAGAGCAUCCGCUGCAUGGAGCUCUACGACGUCUUCCCCAGGACCAUCAGCGGCGUCUGGCAGCCCUUCGUCACCGUGGCCCCCCUGGGGAGCCCGCUGGACGGACAGGUGGUGCUACACGAGGAGCAGAGUAACACGGUGCUCCACCUGGACAUGGGGACGGGGGCCGUCCGCAGGCUGGUCUUGUCUCCAGACACUGAUCAGACCUCCUCCAAGGCCUCCGGCUGGUGGAGCAGCAAAGAUCAGCAGGGGGGCCAUAAGAUGUGUCGCGACUUUUCCCACAAAAACUGGCUGCUCUUCUAUAAGGAGGACGGGAACCAGCUGGAGGUGCUGGACGUGCUGGAGGGCCAGGUUCACUCCAUCUCCCUGCCAAUCAAUUUGAAGUCGGUCUUCCUGGUUGCGGAGGACAGGUGGCUUCUUCUGGAGAGCAACACCAACAAGAAGUUCCUGCUGACCAAACCCAUGCACACGGCAGCGGAAGAUUCAGGCGUCUGUCAGCUUCACAGCAUCAGCGAGGACCCGGUCAGCGCUGGUCAUGGAGCCGCUUCUGCCGAGGCUGUCGUGCCUCAGAUGCUGUCCAACGAGCAGCUGCCCAAUGAGAACCUCAGCGCCGCUCUGGAGCAGAAGAUCGUCUCCCCAAACCGCCUGCUGGCCGACAGCAGCUGCUUUGCACAGAUCAUCGUGGGAUUCCCGGACCUAAUGUCCCCUAACGAGGUGUACACCUUUAAGAGGCCCGUCGACCUGUCGGCCGUGAAGAGCAGCGGCAGCGGGUCUCAUACGUUCUUCAGAGGCGCGCUGCGGAGCGGCACGGCCAAACGGGAGAACUGCAUCGCCCUGCUGUCGGCCAAUCAGGUGGUCCGAGCCAUUCCGCCCUCACAGGUUCCCCUGGGCGACGUCUACCCGAAAGAUGUGACUCCUCCACUGGCAGCGGCGUACCUGGAAGUGACCGAUCUGACCUCCAAAAAGCUCAAAUACAUCCCAGUUCCAAGGUCGAUGACCGUGUCGCCCUACACCAACUGGCUGUCCAAGGUCUCUGACUGUGACGUGCUGGUAGCGGCUCUGGGCUCCGGAGGCGUGGUCACAGUGGACAUGGGGGGCUACGUCCGGCAGUGGGAGACGGGACUGGACACCUUGCAGCGCUCGCUGAUGGAAUGGAGGAACAUGAUCGGCUCUGAGGACGGCAGACCCAUUCAGAUCACCAUCCAGAGGGACAGCGGCCUGGACGUUUCUGCACCAAAACACGGCAAGCUGGACCCCAGCAACGCUCCCCAUGUGGGGGGCAACCAGUGGGCCGGAGGCACAGGUGGCAGAGACACCGCAGGCCUGGGAGGCAAAGGGGGGCCGUACCGCCUGGAUGCCGGACACAAGGUCUACCAGGUCUCCCAGGCUGAGAAGGACGCCGUUCCAGAGGAGGUCCGCCAGGCGGCGCGGGAGAUGGCUGAGAAGGCUUUCAAGGAAAGGCUGAAGGAGAUCGAUAUGAGCGAGUACGACGCUUCUACCUAUGAGCGCUUCUCUAACGCGGUGAGGAGGCAGGUUCAGUCGCUGCGGAUUAUCCUGGACAGCCUGCAGGUCAGUGUCCCCGUUCUUUAUGCUCGCCUCUGCUUCCCUUCUAGCAGACUCUUUGAUCCUGCUGUUUCAGAGUUCUUUGUUGCCUCCAGCGGCCUGCCGAUGACCAUCGAUGACCUAAAAACCUGCUCAGAAUGCAGGAGGACGCCACCUUUGACCCGGGGGCUUUUCUCUCACUGUAAAAAUGAUGAUGAUGAUGAUGAUGAUGAUGAUGAUUACAUUGAGGCCAGCAGACAGGACGCCAUGAGCUGCUUUAUGGUUCCUGACGUCCGUUUUUCUGAUCCUCUCACUAUGAUCUCCUCUCAGUACGACAUCGUGGGCCACUCAGGCGACGGCUGCGACAUCGAGCUGGUCCCAGCCGACAAAACGCCCAAGAACGACAAGCAGAGGCUGAAGGUCCUGAAGACCAUGCACGCCCACGCUCAGUUCUGCAUGAGUGGCGACUACACGCUGGAGGCCACAGAGGCCAGCAUCACGGAGCUGGCCAGAGAAGAGGCGGACGAGCACUUCGUGGUGGUGCUCAGCGACGCCAACCUGGAGCGCUACGGGAUCAGGCCGGAGCGAUUCGCCCAGGCGCUGACCUCCGACCCGCAGGUCAACGCCUUCGCCAUCUUUAUCGGGUCCCUUGGAGACCAGGCUGAAAGACUCCAGAGGACGCUUCCAGCCGGCAGGUCCUUCGUCGCCAUGGACACCAAGCAGAUCCCCCAGAUUCUGCAGCAGAUCUUCACGUCCACCAUGCUGUCCAGCGCCUGACGGGACCCGUCUCAGAUUCGCCAACAGAGAGGAGUUUGUGUGACUGAGGCCGACGGGAUGACCCCGCGAUGACAUCACAGCUGCUGGAACGGUGUUUCUGUCCAGACGCACACCGAGGCGUCCCUCCUAUUCUGGGCUGCGGCGUCUCAAAGGGAAGGCAGAGGACAAAGCCGAGCUUGUUUUAGAUUUCCUCCU